AUGCUGUUCGAUCACCUCACCAAACAACUGGGCAAACCAACGCAGAGCCCCUGGGGAUGGAUGGUGAAAAAGUUCUUAGAGAGGAAGGGUAAAUUGGUGGAAGUGAAUGCUGUCAAACUGUGUGACAUUCAGCCUGAGAAUGUGGUGCUGGAACUGGGCUUUGGACCAGGGCUCGGUCUGCAGGAAGCUGUUAAACGCCUUACGCUGCCGAAGGGCAAGCUCUAUGGGCUGGAUUACUCUGAAUACAUGUACCGUGUAGCCAGCAGGAGGGUGCAGCCUGAUAUUCAGACCGGCAAGGUGACAUUGUUUCAUGGCAGUGUGGAACACAUCCCUCUGGAAGACAACGUGGUGGACAGAGUAUUUCACUGCAACUGUUAUUACUUCUGGCCUGAUCUGCAAUCUGGAUGCAGAGAGAUUUACCGAGUUAUGAAACCAGGGGGACUGAUGGUCACCACCUUAAGCCUUGAAGUUCUAAGGAAGAUUGUUGCUGCUGGAUUCUUGAAGAAUACAAAAUGGCCACCUGAACCAUACAUGGCCACUCUCCGUGACACAGGAUUUGUUGACGUGUAUAUGGAGCACAAACAAGAUCAAGGGAAACCCUUUCAGGCUAUCUUUGCUAGAGCAAAUAAGCCGUGAAUGUGCUGUCAUCUCUGAUGCCUCACUAGCUCAAUAAUUUGGGUUUACUGAGCUAUUAUA